GAAGCGAGGCGUGUGGUGUAGUCAGUGGAUCGGAUUGGCCGUUGGCAGUCGUGGCUUGAGACGGUAUUCUCAAUUCAAAUUGUUUUAAAAAAUAAAACGGUUUUUAUUUUAUUUCUGUGAAUGAAGUGGCAACGGUAACAGCUGUAGUGGACCGUAUCGAUCCAGAUUCUAAGGAUCGUUGGCGAUGCGUGGCACUGCAACUAUUGAAGAUUAGCUGAUAAUUUACCGAACACUUUAAAAACAAAAGGCACAAUGCCGCGCGUGGAGCAGUCCCCUGAAGACUUCCGCCAGCUCCUGCGAGAGAAGGCGCUGAGCCACAGCCUGUUCUACCUGAAGCUGGGGGCGGGCGAGGCGGGGGGCGCGGGGGGGAGACCACGCCGAGCGUCGGCCAGUGCGGCCGCGGCGCCCGCGCGAGCCCCUCGCGUGCAAGACCUGCUGCGGCGCUUCGAGCCGGCCCCCAUGCAGUACCUGCGCCCGCCGCGCGCCUCCUCCCCUCUGGAAGACAUCACGUCUUCCGAUGACGACGACCGCGCCGCCGUCAGACGCCGGAGUCGCGACCUGUCGGACGACUCGGCUGUUGAGUUGGAGCCGAGGCGGCGGCAUUCCCACCCUCGAGACAUAACUCCUCCGCCAUCGGAGACGAUGUCGCCGCGUCGUGAGCGUACGUUGGUAGAAGCUCAUGAUGUGGAGCUGCGGAGGGGGAGCGAGGGGUGCGAGGUGCGGGGGCGGUACGUGCGCACGCCCAGCGUGGUGGUGAGCGACUACUCGGAGGGCGGCGUGGGCGCCACGCGGGAGGAGCUGGCGUGGCUGCGCGCGCGCUCCCUGUCCGCCGACUCCGCGUGUUCGUCGUGCUCCACGCUCUCCAGCCGCGAUGAUGAGGAGUUCGAGUCGCCGGCGCUUGUCAAAAAGAUCAUAAAUGCCGAUUGAGGGGUUGAGUCCUGAGCGAUCUGCGAGCGACACAUCACUACUGCAACGGACUUUGCUGCGUGUUUCGAAAUUCAAACUUACGCUAAUGAUUCUAAUGAAUGACAGUUUUCCAGCGCCAUUUUCCUUUUAGCUUGGAUUGGUGUUGCCAGUUGUAAAAUCGAUAAGGAUAUCAUAAAAUCAAUAAAAUUCAGUUUUCUUUUCCUAUCAGACAGAAGCAAGUUUUGUUUUAAAUGUGAUGAUUCUAAUAACUACGAGCCGCUUUCUCAAGAUUAUUAGGUAUAAUUUGUCACUAUUUUAUAUUGAUUGGAUAUUUAAAAUUUUGUGAAUGAUUUUGUAAUUACAUUGACAUCAAUAACUGUAAAUAUUUAAUUAUUACUCGUAUGUUAUGAGGUACUUUUAAAGUAUUUUAGGAUCUACCUAAUAGGUUGAUUUUGUAUUAUUCCUACAUUGUUAAUGUAAAUUAUUGUUUACUUGAUUAAUCACUUACCGUAAAGUAUUAUUUGUAGAAGUAGAAAACCCUAACUAACCUUGAAUUGAAAGAAUAAAACAUAUCACCAUUUUAAUUAAAAAUAUGUAAAUAAUGUAUGCCUCGUUGUUUUCGAAUAAAAACUAUAAUUAUUCCUAACUCUCAAAGAGUAGAGUAAGUACAUAGUUAUAAACCAAUAUUAAUAGGUAGGUUUAUUUGCCAAAAUUAUGUUUCAAAAACUGGUUAAGUUAAAUUAUUUUAUGAUAAUUACAGUAUGUUUUAUCUAAGGAUGUUAAAGCCAAAAUACCCCCCGAUUCAUGUUAAGAAAUAGUUAUGUUUCAGAGAAUAUAAUAUUUAUAUACUGUUUGCCUAAUCCAUUCAAUAAAAUGGUUAAUAACUUGUUCAUAUCAGAAACAAAAUAGAAAAAUGUAUCAUAUAAUUUGGACUUGGGCUCCAGUGAUACGACCAGAAAAAAAAAUCAUAAGGAAAAACAAUUUAAUAGCCUUUGUGUCACCACAUAUCUGGUGCAAAUUUAAGAGAACUGAAUCUCAAUUUAUAAUUUUAAGUAAAAUAUUUUACAAAUUCUAUGACAUUGAAUCGGGGAGCUUUUCUUGCCAAAAUUAAACAUAAAAUGAAAAGACUACGUAUUUGCAAAAUUUUAAACGGUAACAGAGUACAGCCUAUGUACGCGUACAUAAACGAUAUAUUUUAAAUAAUAUAUAUGUACAUGGAUAGAUUUAGGAUUUAAAACAUUCCUGAAAAUUUCCCUAUUUUAUUGUUAUUAAUUUUAUUUAAUUAUCAUGAAUACUGCUAUGCGAAUCGAUCUUAGUUAAAUGAAUUAGAUAAUCUUACGUUACAAUAAGGUACCUUAAAAAUUAAAUUUGUAUUUUGUGAAUUUUAUUAAAUUGUUGAUAAUUAUUAUAAA